AUGAUGGAGUUUAAAAAAGAGAUGCCUGAAUUCGAAACUCGAAGAUUGGAGGCAAAUCGCUUGCUAGAAGUUCAUCCAACCAAGCUGCCCAUAAUAGUGGAGCCUAUUUCUUCAAAAAACAAUGCAUAUGGGUUUAUUCAGAACAGAUUCCUCGUUCCAAAGAACUACACCUUUCACGAGUUCAUUUUCCACCUUCGGAGAAGACUAGAACUCGAUAGAACUGAUGCCUUAUACGUCCUAGUUUCUCAAAAGCACCUUCCAGCAUUGGAUAGAAACAUGAUAAGCGUCUAUGGUGAGUUCCAAGACCCUGACGGCUUUUUAUAUGUAAAUUACUCUUCAGAGGCCAUUUUGGGGUAA